AUGGAUGCCCCGAACAGCACGCCAGACCAGGAAAAAGAAGGAGAACAGCAGCCCAGUGAAUUGCCAAUCCUUUGUGAAAAAGACAAUUCACAGGAAGCUUGUGGUCAUGUCCCUCCAUCGCUCUCUCCCUCGCAACAGGAAGCAGAAACAAGACAUACGUUUGCGACCGAGCCCUUUCAACCCAUCUUGAAGGUGCUAGCAGACCUCGAACGCGACGAUCCCAAGUUCGCCUUUCCAGCAGCUCGACUUGUUGGACUCUAUCGACGUCUCUGGGAGUCCUGUGUUUCCAAGCAUAUCGAUGGCCAGAAGCUAGAGCAAAGCAAUCAGAUCUUGAAGGAGGCUGGCACACACCUGCUUAAAGAGAGGGACGGUCUUCAGCUUCGCCACGACAAGCAGCUGUCUCGGCUGCGCUUCUUCGAGCAGGCACUGGAAUCAUCUCGGGGUCCACUGAUUAGGGUACUCGAUGACUGGAAUCACCCUUCCAGACUCAAUCUGGCAGGGCUGCCAGACAUGGCAAGAGAAGAGUGA